UUGGAGACAUCUGAUAACUUGUAGAACUUCAGCUCGGAACUCGUCUUUUGGUUGCCUAGUGACUCACAAUCCUCUUCCACCAUAGCAACAAGUGUCCUGUUGUCAAGUUUGACUCAAGGAUGACCAGCAUUAUGGUCCGAGGAACUUCUAUAGUUAUGCUCCUGUGCACGUGCAUAGCUGUAGUAUCUAGUGAAGUUGCAGAUCCAAAAGAACGUGACAAAAAUGCAAAGUCAUUAGAGUCGACAAAUGUGAAAUUAUUACCAGUAAUAGAAACAGAAUACUUAACUUUGAAGCCAGUGAAAAGAUUCGAGAAUUUUUCUCCGAUCUUUCUUACUAAUUUGCUGAAAGCUUUAGUAGAAGCCAGCAAAAGAAAUCACAAGAUUGUACACUUUGGAAGGCGGGCAACAACAGAAGAGUCGAAUGAUCAAGGUCACCAGCUGCUUCACUUUGGAAAACGGGAUGGGUCAAAGCAAUCUACAAAAGUUAUGACAGAUAUUGCAAACAAUAAUGGCCGAGUCUCUGCUGAUACCGAAUAUUCUGGAAUCGCAUUCUAUAAGCCUAGAAUCCUUUUCCGAUUUCUACUCAGCCAAAUCGAAAAUUGGUCCGAUCAACGAUUUUCACCGGAAAGUCUGAAACGAAACAAGGGACAUAAUAUCAUGUCCUUUGGUAAAAGAUCAGGUCAAAGCAACAAUUCUCCUCCAUCUGUAUCAGAGUCUAAAGAUCUAGAUCAUAUUAUAAGCAGUAAUAAACCAGAAAAUGUUAUGGAGUCUUUCAGGAAACGCCCAACUGGUCACAACAAUAUAUCUUUCGGAAAACGAUUUCUUAAAAAUGAAGAUAUGAGAGAUUACGACAAACGGGAAGGUCACAAAAUAUUAUCUUUUGGGAAAAAAUCUGACGACGAAGAAAAACGGGAAGGGCACAAAAUAUUAUCUUUUGGGAAAAAAUCUGACGAUGAAAAAAACGGGAAGGGCACAAAAUAUUAUCUUUUGGGAAAAGAUUUGACGAUGAAGAAAAAUGGAAAGGACACAGAAGUUUGUAUUUUAGUAAGAAAUCGGAGGAAAAUCAAGGUAAUGAACAUAAUAUGCCACAUUUUGUGAAAAAAUCGAAAGAAGAAAAUAACGCUAGAGGACAUAAGAUACUCUCUUUUGGUAAGAAAUCAAAAGUACAGAAAGACGAUGAUGGUCACAAAAUGAUUUACUUCGGUAAAAAGUUAUCUGUAGAAGACCCAACUCAUGGACAUCAAAUGAUAUUCUUUGGAAAGCGACUUCCAAGUGAUAUCUUCCUUCAUCCAGGGAAUGUCGAGUCUGUAAAAGAGUUAACACCCACUGUGAACCAGACUAAGGAUGAAAAUAACGCACAUUCAAUGGUUCAUUUUGGAAAACGUUCAGUACAUUCUGGCAAUUUUCGUGUCUUUCCAGAAAACAGUUACACCUUCGCAGGUAAUCAGGAGGAAGAUGAGAAUUCAUUUUUUUUGCAACCCAUGGAGUCAUCUCCAGAGGAUGAUAUAAAUGAAACUGAGCCUAAAUUUUUUCAGGCUGAAAAGGCAGAAACGAAACACCGAAAGAAAAGGAACGUUGACUCUAUCGAAAACUCAAACCUUAUUGCGUUCAAACAUCUAUCCCCUCUAUCGCCACAUCAGGAGCUGAUUUUAUCAACAACUGACCAAUUACCUGCUGUGGAAGAGGAUUCAAGUAGCUCAACUCUACGAUAUUUUCCAUUCUUUGCUUCCCAAAUUCUGGUUCUGGAUAAAGAGGUGGAAAACGGAUUUCAAGAAAAAUGGCCAAAUUUGUGGGCAGGUCUGACACCUUACUAUUACAGACAGGAUCGAGAUAAUCCAAACCCUACUCAGCGAAAAACCAACAAAAACGUGUUCCUUCAUUUUGGUUAAAAAAAUAAUUUUGUUUCAGAUAUAAAGGUGUUUCUAAGUGACGUCAUAAGGUGUACCUGGAAAAGUAUUAUUCUUACUGCUGAUCAUAACCCAAGAAAUACCUACUGGGACUUCGAACUUCAAUCUACUUAUAUUGUGAGUUGUUCGUUUUCGCGUAUUUUAUUUAUUUGUAAUUUAUUACAAACUAAAAGACUUAAAACUGUGUAUAGUGGAACCCAAUAGUAAAUAUAAGUUCAGAGCACUAUCAAAAUCUAAAUGUUUCUCAGAAUUCAAAUAGUGGGUUCUGGCUUGUUGUGGGUAUCCGUGUAAAAUAAAAAUGAAAGUUAAAUCAA